AUGGGCCUUGCCGUGGUGGAAGACCUCGCCGCCAAAGGAUGGAACAUCACCGUCUUCGACUUCGAUCACGUCUCUGGCGCAAAAGUCGCAGAAAGACUCGGGCGGCAAGUCCACUUCAUCAAGGGUAACACCGCAAAGUAUGAAGAGCUAGGAGCGGCAUUUGCCGAGACGCGGAAGAAUUGGGGAAGCAUUGACUUUGUCUUUGCCAACGCGGGAAUCGGCGAACGCAGCAAAUUCUACGAACCAAAGGAAGAACUCGCUGAAGGCUUUCCCGCUAAGCCCAGCACCUUGACGUUGGAGGUCAAUCUCCUCGGCGUCGUCUACACGGCUUACCUUGCAAUGCAUUUCUUCCGCAAAAAUGCGACGAAAGGUGGCAAGCUGGUGAUGACAAGCAGUGCCUCGGCGUUGUACCCGAGCGCUUCGCUGUCACUGUAUUCCGCUGCGAAGCAUGCGGUCGUCGGCCUUACUCGAUCGAUGGGUGCCGCUUUGGUCAAGGAAGGCAUCACCGUCAACUGCAUCUGUCCCGGCAUCGUUCCUUCAGGUCUCCUUCCGGAAGCAUUCACGAACGCGCUGCAAGCGGACAUGAUAACCCCUACGUCGACGAUAGUCAAGGCAAUCAACAACUUUCUAGCUGACGACUCUCUCACCGGCCAGGUCGCGGAAUGCAGCGGACAGGACGUCAUCUACCGUCCUCCUUACGAGCCGGAAAACGAGGCGGCGAGGUAUAUGCUGGCCCUGCAAGACGGUAAGGUCGGCGCAAAGAUUGAUUUCGUGGAGAUGGGGAAACAUGCCAAGAUGAAGAAGGAGUUUUACGAUAGGAUGGAGGAUUCCGCAACAUGA